AAGCUACAAGCUAUACAUUAAAAGACAAGACUACAAGACCUUACCGGAGCUAUUGAGACUGGGAACCGAGUAUGAAAACAUAAGGACACCCAUAGACGGUACAACAACGUCAUCAGGAGCAUGGCGAUACACCGGCGACGACGCCAAAUCGAGUGACGACGAGCAAGCAAACAGUGAGCAAGCGACCCAAGGUAGGGACAACAGACACCACAACAACCUGAAACCGAAACCCGAACAGGGAGAGAGUAAGAGCCAAACAGUACAUCCAAGGUACGACCCCAAGACCAGUUGCUGGUCCUGUGGGAAACCGGGACAUAACGCAGACGCCUGCCGAGGCAGACGUCAAAUAUUUUGUAGUCAGUGUGGAAAACUAGGAGUACUGAGCAGAGCCUGCUGCAGAAAAGCAACCUGGAAAGGUCAGGAAAAGGUAGGAACAGUCGACAGUCUACAGACGAGCGACAACCGCCUAUAUAUGAAUUUACGCAUAAUGGGAAGACGAUACCGAGGCGUUAUAGACACAGGUUCCACCAACUCGUACAUCAAUCAACAGGUAUACAAUGAAUGUAAGAACCGCGCGUACCAGGACAAGGUAAAAACAAGAGAAAUAGUACUAGCAAAUGGGAUCAGGACGCAAGCACACGACAACCUGUUGGUCGACAUAGUAAUCAAGGAGGUAACGAUCCGACACUGGCUGAGAGUGUUGCCGUCAGCCACGGACAUUAUAAUAGGAAUGGACAUCCUGAAACGACUUGGAAUGUCAAUAAAAUGGCCAGGAGAGAGCCAAGACGAAGAAGAUGACAGGAAUACCCAGAAAGAAAAUCAGGAAAACAGAGAGGAAAAGCAAAUAGUAGAUACUUUAGAAGAAAACCAGAAAAGCACAACCACCGAAUCCAGUCAACAGCAGCCAACCACACCGCUCACACAGGUACAACAUAGAAUAGAAUUGGAGCAAACAGAACCCGUAAAACACAGAUAUUACCCACGAAAUCCGAAGCAGCAAGAAAUAAUAGAUAAACACGCGAGUAAAAUGUACCGACCCUGUGUAGAUUUCCGUAAAAUUAACCAGAAAACCGAGAAAGAUGCGUACCUAAUACCACAGAUAAAGAUACACCACAUCAGAGAAAAAGCGCUUAGCAACCCGAAGGAGUAUAAAGAAAAUGAAGGCAUUCCUAGAAGGCAACCAGUUCACCGUAGUAACGGACCAUUUAGCAGAACACUGGUUGAACAGCAUAAAGGACCCCGCAGGCCGAUUAGCCACGCGGGCUUAUCGUGCGGCGUGGGUAUAUCGAAGCAGAACGCAAAACAAGAUAGCAGACGGCCUAUCCAGAAAUCCAGUAAGUACAGUGAGAGAACACAAAUGGUACCAGGAAAAAUGGCAUCAGCUGAUCAGGGACCCCGAUGUAAGGAGGAAAAAUUUACGCAAGAGCAAAGGCCCCACAGAUCGAGAGAGGUACAGACACCGAAACAGAAUGAAAAUUAUGUGUGCCAGAACAAGACCGACACCGCACACAACAAAACCACGACAUACCGAGCGCGGGUCACCUGGGCAUAA